AUGACGCUCCACGUCGAGGAAGACGUCCUGCUAGAAAUACUCACGUAUCACCAAGUCCCGGCAAAUUUCUUGACCUUCCUCACGAGCGGUAGCGAAGCCUGGAGCUUCGCCAGUAGCAUACGUUUUGCAGGAUUCGUGGGUCGCUCAACCCUUCGGCCUCUACGACGGCAGCCGAGCCUCGUGGGACUAGGCCGCAGCGGCACGCACGUGCAAGUUUGCCUCACGCUGUUCAGCAUCCGCGAAUAUCCUCUCCACGCGUUGCCCGGGGAGUCCGAUCCCGAACGGACGCCUCGGUGGGAGACGCACUCUGCCAUCGUGUACCUUCACUUCGAUUUCGUGGAGGGCACAGCGGUAUGGUUGCUCGUGAGCCCGAGGUGCUAUCAUCCAGAGAAAGGCAAGGGGACACAAAAUUUGCUCUGGAAUACGUUGAAGGGUGGCCUGGCGAGCGACAUGUCUACGCUUACAUGCCUCGACAUCCAUGAGCGCUUUCGUGUUAGUCUGAGCUGUCUCCUUGCCGUCGCUCGGUGGUCUAUUGGCAUGUUUUCGCAUCAUCUCCAAGACACGGAGAGACGGCUAUCCGAUCUGACCAAGCCGUACGUAUACCCUUUCGACAACGAUGAUGACAUGGUUGACGAGUCCUGGGGGUCGAUACACGCCCAAGACCUGCGGAGAAUGGCUUUUCUGAUGGAAUCGCGGCACGGCGGUGUUCUGAGAGCCGAAAAUAACCUUCGGGUCCUCCGACGGCUUCUGAAAUUCAUCAAUGACGAGGUGUAUGGGGACCUCGAGGUCCUGGAAGAUCGCCAAACCGACAAGAUCCGUGUGCAUGUUCAAGACUUCGCAGAAAAGGUAACGUUGGUGAUUGAAGAACUGGAAGACUUGCUGGACAGGGCGCUAGCUCUGGAUAAGCUCGCCAAGAACCGAGAAGUAUACAUGAGUGGCGCGGCCCGGGAUGAGGCGAGAGACACGAAGCUGAAAGUCGUAGAUUCAACGGCUACAAGCGCACCACGCGAGUCAGCAGACUAA